AUGGGUUGCAAAGAAUACGGCGCAGGCAAACGCUUCAAAUGUCUAAACUGUGAUUUUGAGAUGCAUGAGUUCUGUGCCUUGGCUCCUCCAUCUGUGAAGAACCACUCUCUUCACACCCAACACCCUCUCGUCUUCCAUACCAAACCUGGUGGGUAUUUGCGUGGGAACUGCGAUGUGUGUGCCAGGGCCACGAAAGGAUAUGCUUUCCGUUGUAGUACUUGUAACUUCGUGAUGCAUCCAUGCUGUGCUCAGCUUUCCUGGGAAAUGAACUUUCCAGUGCAUUCCCACACUCUAAAAGUGUUAUCAUCGACGAUUUCAGCAAGUGGAGAUUCAGAUUUGAAUUGUGAUGAGUGUAAGAGGAAGAAGUCUGGAUGGGUUUAUGGUUGUAGGCUUUGUUCAUAUAACCUUCAUGCAGUUUGUGCUAAAAACAUAGUUAAUGGACUUUAUGCCCAAGGCAUCAAGGCCCCUGAAAAGCCUAGUAAGUUUGGGCGAGCGGUCGGUGUUGCAUCUCAUGUGAUGUUAGGGUUUAUUGGAGGACUUCUUGAAGGUGUUGGAGAAGGAGUUGGACAAGCUAUAUUUGAUACUGUUGUGGCUAAAGAAGCUCCAACAGAAGAGGAAUAA